ACGUGAAUUCACUUCAUUCUUAUUUUGCUUUAACUCAAUCUUACAUUUUCUUCAUAGAAUAGAGCUGGAAUACACGAAGGUCGAUCUAAUAAUGACCAGUAAUCCACUAACACAAAUAGUUAGUUAUCUAUAAUAUUAUGCAAUUGCUGCUUAUUUUCUUCUCAUCAUAACCGAUUUUUAUAGUGCAAGAAAAAUCAACGUAAGCUUAAACAUGUCCCAUUUAUAUCAAGUUACCUUGUUGUUGCUGACAAUUACAUCACAGGUGCACAUGGAAACAAAAGAUGUCAAAUGCGAGGAUUCAACGAAGUUCUGCGAAAACAUUUGGUAUUGCAAAAAGAAUUCGUAUCCGGAUAAAUACAAAGCAUGCGGUCACGACGGUUUGGUAGACAGGGUGUGCUGCGAUCCCGAAUACCCACCAACCAAAAGCAGAAAAUAUUGCGAUACGAUGCAAAAGAAGAUUGUAAUAGAUGAAUACGGGAAUCGGGAUUACUCCUCUAUAGUUCCAUAUCAUUUUAAUAUACUAGAAGAUAACUCGAAUACUGCUGCUUUGGGUUAUCGCAAUGAAUCCAGGACGCAUUGGUUUUGCGCUGGGAGUUUGGUUAAUAAUAAAUUCGUGAUAACUGCAGCUGCAUGUUUAAGUAAGAACAUAAAUAUAGUUCGCUUAGGUGAUUUGGAUUUGAAUAAUGAUAACGAUGGAUUGGUUCCUCAGGAAUUCGGUGUGCUGAAGACCUUCGUUCAUCCUAAAUAUAAAGCUCCUUUUGUGUACAACGACAUCGCAAUAAUUGAAUUGAAUGAUACCGUUACAUUCACCAAGUUUGUGAAACCAGCUUGCAUUAACGAAGGCGUGAGAACCAGAGAACCCUUUUGGCGGGAAGUUGGAUUCAAAGACAUAAACACGUUAACGGUAAUUCCACUGAGGCAGCUUAAUAGACGCGCUUGCAACCUUUACUUUGAUAACGAUAAAUUUGCGAAUCUCGUGCCAUUUGGUUUGGACCCAGAUACUCAGCUCUGCGCUAGCUCAGUUAGUUCCCAUCAAUAUUGUCAGAUGUCCGUUGGAGGACCAUUGCAAAAUUUCGAUAUAAAUUAUGUCGACGGAAUAUUUCUUAUUGGAAUAACUGCGAUUCCCAAACCGUGCAGCCACACCAACGAACCCGGAAUUUACACCAGAGUUUCCCAUUAUGCCCCAUGGAUCGAAUCAAUUAUAUUUCCAGGUCAUUAACAAAAUAUUAACUUUUUCAUUUUAUAAAUAAUUGAUUUUUCGAUCCGUAGACUGAUAUUUACUUACUAAAAAAACUAAUGAGUCAUGCAGAAAACCUGUAAAUUUCAAUGAGAAAAGAACAAUACUAUUUAUAUAUUUCCAAUAAUCUCACAUUUUAAGUUAGCAGCAAUAAACAUAUAACAAUUA